UCUUGAUUGAUUGAUUUCCGGUUCCCGCCAUCAUCGAGCUUGGAAGAUUCUACAGCAACAGAGCCACUGUCUCGAGAAUACUCCACUAUACGCCCAUCGAUCGAUUCGCAAAGCCCUCGUCGAUCGCACUCUCGGCUUCGACUCAGCGAGACAUUGCUUCUGGUUCAUCCUCCAACCCGCGACUCUUCAGAUCUAAAGCCGUCCCGUCGCUCCCCCAUUCAAUGUGCUCUUCGCGAGCUGUCAUUUCGAGCUUGAGGCCGGCGCAAGAGCUGUUGGUCUCUCCAAAGCGCACACUGGUCUGGCCUUACCAGCAGCAUCACGCGCACAUCUCGUUCGGCUCUGCCUUGCAAAGAGGGUGCAUUUCGCGUCGCUCGUUUGCGACGAGUCCUCGACGCCAAGGCUCACGAUCCGCAGAACAGUAUGAGGAGCUCUACUCUUCGAAUUAUCACGGGCAAGGAGCAAAGCCUGAACGGCCCGCCUGGUACAAGAGCCCUGCGAUGGUCGUGCUGGCCAUCAUCCCAGUUUUCACUGGCUUUCUUGGGGUUUGGCAGCUGCGCAGAUUAAAGUGGAAAGUCGAAUUGAUCGAGGAGCUGGAAGACAAGCUCAAGAAACAGCCAGUCAAUCUGCCCAAGGAUCUGAGCUUGGAGCUGCUAGAGUCUUUGACUUUUAGGCUCGUAAACAUCUCGGGCACUUUUGAUUACUCCAGGGCAAUCUUUCUGGGCCCGAGGGUCAGAGAAGGCCAGGUCGGGUGCAACAUCAUUGUUCCUUUUGCUCGCUCGGGUGGAGGUGGUGAAGUGCUGGUGAAUCGAGGUUUUGUUUCCGACAGAGACAUUGAGGGCAAAGGUAUCUCAAGGAGGCUCAAGGAUGCAGCUACGCGGGAGACCAAGGCAACCAUCACGGCCAUGUAUCCACGCAUAUACCCACCCAACUUCUUCACUCCUGAGAACGAUGGUCAGAAGGGAGCUUGGUAUCAUGGAGACCCCAAGGCAAUGGCAGAUUGGAUGUCUGGUCCUGCCGGAGCGCUUCCGCUUGCGGGUCAGGCGGACACAUUCGCAGCCGAGUCAGAGGACCUGUACACUCCGAGUGGAGGCGUUACAGAAAGCGUCAAGGGCUUGCUAGGUUUGGGUCCAAAAGGAGAGUCUCGCGUAUUACCGGCGCUUUUCGACGAGAUUUUCACUGGCGAUGCGACCCAGGCUGGGCUCCGAUUGAUGCAAGGUCUGCCAGUAGGCCGCGCUCCCAGUAUCGAGUUGCGCAAUCAACAUGCGGUUUACGCAGGCACCUGGUUCUCAUUGUCUGCUGCCACCACGAUCAUGUUUGCAGUGCUAGCCAGAAGGGGGCGCUAAGAUGCUAAUCGAUGUUACCGCCGACUACAGUCACGAGUCGUGGGUUGAUCUCG